CGGCGGGCGGGCGGGCGGGGCGCAGGCCGGCAGCGGGUAGGCGCCGGCGUCCGAGUCCCGGGCCGGGCCGGGAGCGCCGCGCAGGCCCCGCGCCGCCGCCGCCGCGCCAUGGCGGAGACCAAGAUCAUCUAUCACAUGGAUGAAGAGGAGACGCCGUACCUGGUCAAGCUGCCCGUGGCGCCUGAGCGCGUCACGCUGGCCGACUUCAAGAAUGUGCUCAGCAACCGGCCCGUGCACGCUUACAAAUUCUUCUUCAAGUCCAUGGACCAGGACUUCGGGGUGGUGAAGGAGGAGAUCUCCGACGAUAAUGCCAAGCUGCCCUGCUUCAAUGGUCGUGUGGUCUCCUGGCUGGUCCUGGCCGAGGGCGCACACUCAGAUGCAGGCUCUCAGAGCACUGAUGGCCACACAGACCUGCCCCCACCUCUUGAAAGAACGGGCGGCAUCGGGGACUCCCGGCCCCCCUCCUUCCACCCUAAUGUAGCCAGCAGCCGCGACGGAAUGGACAAUGAGACUGGCACGGAGUCUCUGGUCAGCCACCGGCGGGAGCGAGCCCGACGCCGGAACCGCGAAGAGGCUGCCCGGACCAAUGGGCACCCAAGGGGGGACCGGCGGCGAGACCUGGGGCUGCCCCCCGACAGCGCCUCUACUGUGCUGAGCAGCGAACUCGAGUCCAGUAGCUUCAUUGACUCAGAUGAGGAUGACAACACAAGCCGACUGAGCAGCUCCACGGAGCAGAGCACGUCCUCCCGGCUCAUCCGAAAACACAAGCGCCGGCGGCGGAAGCAGCGCAUGCGGCAGGCGGACCGUGCUUCUUCCUUCAGCAGCAUCACGGACUCCACCAUGUCCCUGAACAUCAUCACCGUCACUCUCAACAUGGAGAGGCACCACUUCCUGGGCAUCAGCAUCGUGGGGCAGAGCAACGAGCGAGGGGACGGCGGCAUCUACAUCGGCUCCAUCAUGAAGGGGGGGGCUGUGGCGGCCGACGGGCGCAUCGAGCCGGGCGACAUGCUGCUGCAGGUGAAUGACAUCAACUUCGAGAACAUGAGCAAUGACGACGCUGUGCGGGUGCUGCGGGAGAUCGUGUCCCAGACGGGGCCCAUCAGCCUCACGGUAGCCAAAUGCUGGGACCCGACCCCCCGGAGCUACUUCACCAUCCCGAGGGCUGACCCGGUGCGGCCCAUCGACCCUGCCGCCUGGCUGUCCCACACGGCGGCGCUGACUGGAGCCCUGCCCCACUACGGUACGAGCCCCUGCUCCAGCGGCAUCACGCGCACCAGCUCCUCCUCACUAACCAGCUCCGUGCCUGGCGCCCCACAGCUGGAGGAGGCACCUCUGACGGUGAAGAGCGACAUGGGCGCCGUGGUGCGCGUCAUGCAGCUGCCAGACUCGGGCCUGGAGAUCCGUGACCGCAUGUGGCUCAAGAUCACCAUCGCCAAUGCCGUCAUUGGGGCGGACGUGGUGGACUGGCUGUACACACACGUGGAGGGCUUCAAGGAAAGGCGCGAGGCUCGCAAGUACGCCAGCAGCAUGCUGAAGCGCGGCUUCCUGCGGCACACGGUCAACAAGAUCACCUUCUCGGAGCAGUGCUACUACGUCUUUGGGGACCUGUGCAGCAAUCUCGCAGCCCUGAACCUCAACAGUGGCUCCAGUGGGGCCUCGGAUCAGGACACGCUGGCCCCACUGCCCCAUCCGGCCGCCCCCUGGCCCCUGGGUCAGGGCUACCCCUACCAGUACCCGGGCCCCCCGCCCUGCUUCCCACCCGCAUACCAGGACCCUGGUUUCAGCUAUGGCAGCGGCAGUGCUGGGAGUCAGCAGAGUGAAGGAAGCAAAAGCAGUGGGUCCACCCAGAGUGCCGGCGGGAGCAGCCGGCGGGCACUGGGCCGUGAGAAGGAGCGCCGGGUGGCUGGAGCUGGGGGCAGCGGCAGCGAGUCAGACCACACGGCACCGGGCGGGGUCGGGGGCAGCGGCUGUCGGGAGCGUCCAGCUAGUCAGCUCAGCCGGGGCUCGGCGGCUGCCCCGGGCCUCCCCCCAUCGUAUCCCUUAGCAAAGGCGUACUCGGUGGGGGGGGGGCCGCCGGGGGGGCCGCCCGUCCGGGAGCUGGCCGCUGUCCCCCCAGAGCUGACGGGCAGUCGCCAGUCCUUCCAGAAGGCCAUGGGGAACCCCUGUGAGUUUUUUGUUGACAUCAUGUGACUGAGGAGAGAGUGCCUUCAGCUCGGCCCCAUGGUGGGGGAGCCAGUGGUCCUGCCCGCUCCUGCAGGAGGGCACCGCCUUUGGGCUUGUGUGGGCUUGCCUUAUUGGUGGCUGUCCUGGGUCAAGCGAGCCUGUGCUUGCCUGCACACAAGGGGUCAUGUCGGGGCCCAGGCCUGGACGGAGAUGGGGAGCAGGCUGGGCGAGGGGCUGAGGGCAGCCCAGACCACCGUGAUCUGAAUUCGGCAGUCCGUCCAUUCCUAUUUGGAGCAGCUUGUGUCCGUGCAGAGCCCGUGCCCUUGGGGUGUGCCUCAGGGACCCCCACUUGCCUACAGAGCUGUGCACAGGGCCCCAGACUAAGCUGAGAAGAGGCUGCUGGGCCUGGGUCCCCUGUUUGCCCAAGUCAUAGGCCCCACCACUUUUGCCUGGUCUGGGUUGGCCCUUCCUGAAGGUGGAAUCAGAGCCCCCAGGCCCCUCUGUGGAUGCCCGGGGUAGGGAUCUAAUUUAUUUAUUUAUUGCCUGGCCUGUGUGCUCUGGGGGAGGUGGUGGCCAGGUCAGGUGCCCCCCCCCACUGGGUCUCAGAUUGAAUGCAGGGACGCAGGUCCUGUCAGAAAGUGGGAGGGGUUGGUGAGGGGGAGAUGGGAGGGGGACGUGUUUCAGCUGGUGGUGGUGGGGUUGUGACCCUGAGGGGCAGGGGGCCCGGAUGCACACAGCUGCUGCAGGGGCAGGGUGUGGGGAAGAGGGGGUAGCCAGCCCACCCCUCCUUGCUGUCCUUGGGUGACUGCCCACCCACUCACGCCGCUUCCUUCCUGGCGUUUCUGGCCUGCACACAUCUGCGCUGUAGAUACUGUAUCAAGUGGGAGUGUCCAUCCAGAUAGUUAAUAGAGCUGCUUCUGUGUAAAUGCUAUUUUAAAGACUAAAAAGCAUUUAAUUUUAUGGGA